AUGGUGCAAAUUUGGCAAAUGGAACCGUACCCAUGUGGCGAUCCGAGGUUACCACAUCACGUGUUUCCCCACACCAAAAUGAUCACACCGGACGAGUUAUCAAAGAGGACGGGUACAUUAUACUGGAAGCUCGACACACUGGAUCAGGUCGCCCUUUCAAAACGGCUUAUGGUCAUGAAGAUGGAGAGAAGUUUCACUAAAGAGGACAUCUUUACCCUUGACGCCGAGACUACGGCAAACUUCAGGGAUAAGAUCGACGAAUUGUUUGAAGAGUCAAAUCACCCUGAAGAUCAGGCGAGGAUGAUCAUCGACGGCUCAGCGUAUUAUGAUGUAGAAGAUAAGAAUGGCGACUGGGUGCGUAUUCUGUGCGAGUACGGCGACCUUAUCCUGAUACCGGCCAAAACGUCGUUCCGUUUCACGACAACGCCACAGAAUUUCGUCAAGAUGCGCAGGUUCUUCAAAGAAAAGGAAGAGUAG